AAUUCUCUAUGUAUGGGGGGGGCAAUGACUCAGACCACAGUGGGAGUAGCAAUAGUUUUAGCUCAUCUUCUUGUGUUUCUCCAACAAGCCAGAAAUCUAUGGUGGGUCAGAGUCAGAGUCAGAGUCAGAGCCAUGGUGGUGGGUCGCAGUGGAAGUCUGUGAUCGAUGGUUUGAAGAAGAAAUCAAUGAGAAGGCUAUCAACCAUAUCUUCUUUCACUGCGAGCUAUGAUCUUUCGAGGAAGAAUUAUCUGAGGAGGAAAUUGGCUAGGAUUCGAAGCGCCGAGGAUGGAAUUCAAUGCGGUGAGGAUCAUGAGAUUCCCAUACCCAAACCUUCUUGGAGGAACUUUGAUUUUGCUGAACUUGCGGCUGCUACAGACAAUUUUAGCUCUGAGAACUUGAUUGGAAAAGGGGGGCAUGCAGAGGUGUACAAAGGGUGCUUAUCUGAUGGUGAAGUUGUAGCAGUUAAAAAGAUAACAAAGAAAGAGAAGAAAGACGAGGAUAGAAUACGUGAAUUCUUGUCUGAGGUUGGAAUUAUUGCACACAUAGACCAUCCCAAUGCUGCUCGAUUGCUUGGUUUCGGGAUAGAUGGUGGUCUGCAUCUUGUCCUUCAAUAUUCCCCGCACGGCAGCCUGGCUUCUCUGUUAUUCGGUUCAUCUGAGUGUCUGGAGUGGAAGAUAAGGUUUAAGGUGGCUGUAGGGGUGGCGGAAGGAUUGCAAUAUCUCCAUCACAAAUGCAACAGACGAAUUAUUCACAGAGACAUCAAAGCCUCCAAUGUAUUACUCACCCAAGAUUUCGAUGCUCAGAUUUCUGAUUUUGGACUCGCAAAGUGGCUGCCAGAAAAAUGGGCUCACCAUGUUGUUUUCCCUAUUGAGGGCACAUUCGGGUAUUUGGCCCCAGAAUACUUUAUGCAUGGGAUUGUUGAUGAGAAAACUGAUGUAUUUGCAUUUGGAGUCUUAUUACUGGAGAUCAUAACUGGCCGCCGUGCUGUUGAUUCAAGUAGACAAAGCCUUGUCAUCUGGGCAAAACCGCUGCUGGACACGAAUAAUAUUAAGGAAUUAGCAGAUCCUCGGUUAGGAGAUGCAUAUGAUGUUAGUGAGAUGAGACGCGCUAUGUACAUGGCUUCAAUGUGCAUCCACCACUUACCUUCCAUGCGUCCUGACAUGAACCGGCUUGUGCAGCUACUAAAGGCUGAUGAUGGACCUCUUGAACUGAAACAAAAGUUUACAGAAGCCAGAUCACACCUUUUCAGUGCUAGUGACCUGGAAGAUUAUACUUGCACAAACUAUCUCAACGACCUCAAUCGUCACAGGCAACUUGUGAUGGAGUAAUUAAUCCUCAAAUUCUGUUCUAUUGUCACUUCUGCUGCAGCUGCAAGAGUUCCUUCCUGUAAAUUGCUUUUGUGAGACUUAUAAAAUUGUAUGGCCCAGCAGUUCCGUGGGUGAAGUUUUUUUUACCAGCUACUAGUAUGUUUCCUCAGGCUUUCAACAUUAAGCAUCGUUGUCUGUCCUAAACCUAUAGAGCACACGAUUACUGGGAAAAACUCUCCACGAGAAACUGUAGGGAAAAACAAUUUGUGUACAGGGUGUUUUCUAUUGCAAUUUCCAAAAUUGGAAAUCCAACAAUUUGCUUAAAAGUUUGAAUGUGUUUCAGGUUUCAGCUUCAAUUCCCAGUUUGUAUAAACUAGUACUCGGUAUGUAUGUAUAUUAUUGCAAUAAUGUUGACAAUUUUUUUUCUUUUUUGAGAAACAAUGUUGACAAAAUUAAUUUCUAGUACUAGUAGUCAUUUCUUGUUUGUAUAAAAAUAAAAUUUUAA